UAGUCCUCUCCUCUCUUACAUUUCCUCUUGCUCUCUUUAACAACGUCACCCCCUCAUCUCCUUAAUAUCUCUCUUCAAAAGGAUCACCAAAAGGUCAAACCUGACAAAAGCAAAACCCAAGAACGUGACCCAAGGACCGCCUCCACCGGAAUCUGCCCGGAAACAAUGGCAAACUACGGCACAAUCCCGACCUCUUCCUCACCGGGAAGCUCCACGAAACUUGAAUACAUUUCUCGUGCCAAAGAGCGCAUAAAAGCUGGUCUGGGCACACGUCAGCCAUGGAAAGUGAUGUUCAACUUCCGGUCUUUCAACUUCCCUGGCACUCUAUCAGAUGCGCUAGCAAGAGUUAGAAAAAACAUCGCCUACUUUACUAUGAACUACGCGAUAGUAGUGCUGAUAAUCUUGUUCUUGAGCUUGUUAUGGCACCCUGUCUCUCUCAUAGUAUUUAUUGUCAUGGGAGUUGCGUGGGUGUGCUUGUACUUCUUGCGUGAUGAGCCCCUUGUGGUUUUAGGCCGCACAAUUGAUGAUCGUGUGGUGAUGAUCGUGUUGGGGGUGUUGACCAUCUUCUUCUUGUUGUUGACACAUGUGACCUGGAAUGUUCUGGUUUCACUCUUGGUUGGCGUGGUUCUGGUUUUGAUUCAUGGGGUUACAAGGAAGAUUGAUGAUUUGUCCUUGGAUGAAGAAACUACUGGGCUGAUGAGUUCUACUCAUGCUGCCGGUGCCGGUGACGGUGCCGGACCUUCUUCUUAAUUGGUGGGUGCUUUUUAAUUGAGUUUCUUGAUCUUAAUUGUACCAAUAAAAGAUCAAUUUUGUCCUGUUUGUUGAUUUGGUGCUCCUUCCAGAUUGCUUAGGCAUUUUUUUCUCCUCCUUGUUUUGGUCUGUAAUGAAGUUGCCGUCAUUUAUUUUGGAA